UAAAGAGAAAAGAAAAGGCAAGUGGAGAGAGAGAGGGGUAGCUAGUGCCUAGUAGUAUUAAGCUGGCCUCGUUUAUGCUUUGUAUUGGGCAGUGAGGUAUACAAGAUCUUGAAACAUCUACCCUUACAACCUUUUUACAACGCCUCUCUCUUUGUCGUAGGUUCUGUUCUUUGAAUACUUAACCUUUGGAGUUUCUUCUCUUCUCCUCUUUAUAUUCAUUCAUUGUAUUUUAUCUUCUUCAAACACAAAUACAGAAAUAGAAAGAGAGAGUUUCAAGUUUCAACUCCCUGAUCUUUCUUUGAUGUGAGAGUGGAUGAUCAGAAUUCCGAGUGGUUUUUCUCUUUUAAUAUCAUAGCCUACUCUAUAUUCCUCCAAAUAGUCUCAUCUCUUACCAAGAAAAAAUGUGGGAUCUCAAUGACUCACCUUAUGAUCAACCGAGAGAAGAUUAGUCUGAAGGUUGUUCUUCCCAUAAAGCCUCCUUAGAUGGGGAUGAUGAGAAAGGCAAACGGGUGAGCUCCAUCUCCAAUUCUAGCUCUUCAGCUGUGCUCAUCGAGGACGGAUCCGACGAGGAAGUUGGUGGCGAGAAGGGCUUAAGUUUACAGAGAUGCAGCAGUAAAAUAUUUGGGGUCUCCUUGCCUCAUAGCGACUCUAUGGAGGUGAUUGACCCGCCUGUGACCCGCCAGUUUUUUCCUGUUGAUCAGGACCCGGAAAUGGGGAGCUCAUCCAGUUGGGUGGGACAUGAUUUCCCUCGGGCUCAGUGGGCUGGCGUCAAAUUUUGCCAAUCGGAGCCUCUUGCGGCUGCCAAACCGGCUGAAGUUCCUCAGGCUCCGAUGAAGAAAAGCAGGCGUGGACCCAGGUCAAGGAGUUCACAGUAUAGAGGUGUCACUUUUUACAGAAGAACUGGAAGAUGGGAAUCUCAUAUAUGGGAUUCUGGAAAACAAGUGUAUUUAGGUGGAUUUGACACUGCACAUGCAGCUGCUCGUGCAUAUGAUAGGGCAGCAAUUAAGUUCCGGGGAGUUGAGGCAGACAUAAACUUUAGUAUAGAAGAUUAUGAGGAAGACUUGAAACAGAUGAGCAACUUAACCAAGGAAGAAUUUGUGCAUGUUCUUCGCCGACAAAGCACCGGUUUCCCUAGAGGAAGCUCCAAAUAUAGAGGAGUUACCUUACACAAGUGUGGAAGAUGGGAAGCUCGAAUGGGCCAAUUUUUAGGAAAAAAGUACGUGUAUUUGGGCUUGUUUGAUACCGAGAUUGAAGCUGCAAGGGCUUACGACAGAGCCGCAGUUAAGUGCAAUGGAAAGGACGCCGUCACUAAUUUUGAUCCCAGCCUCUAUGAAAAUGAGCUUAACUCUGCCGGUAUUAAUGGUGCAGACCACAAUCUAGAUUUGAGUUUGGGCAGUUCAACUUCAAAGCAAAGCAGUAUAGAUUUUGGUAGUAGGAAGCAGAAUAUUGGAACGGAUAGGCUUUCGGCACCCUUGCCGUUUGAUACUGAUUGGCGUAAUCGGGGAUUUAGACUUAAGCCCAAUCUGCAGCAACAGCAACAACCUUGUAGAAGAGAAAAUGAUGCGCGUAGAGGAGAAGGAUACAGUGAGAAUGAAACCAUACAACUUCUAAGCCAAACGCACCUACAAUCUCCAGGUGUCUCAUUCAAGCCCAAUGAAAUGCAAAGAUAUGAGCAGUUCAGAAGAAGUGGAGAUGCUCAAAUACUACAUAUGGUUCCUCCACAUUAUAAUCCAGCAAAUUAUCAGUUUCCAAGCAGCAGUAAAAGAGGUCGAAUUGGGAAUGAUCUUUCACCAUCAACAAAUGAUCAACAAUGGCAAUCCGGUGAUCCCCAAUUGUUUGCAACUGCAGCAUCAUCAGGAUUCCCACCACAGAUUAGACAAUCUCAAAAUUGGCUGCAGAAAAAUGGGUUUCCUACUCUCAUGAGACCCUCCUAAGCUCAUCAAAAGUUGCCAUCUCUCACAUGUUUGCGUGUAAGCAUUUGAAGAUCUAAACUUUUUUUUUUCUACUUUCCCAUAGAAACCAAAAGAAAUCAGAAGAGAAAGGAUCUACCGAUAUUUCCUUCACGAUGGGAAACGUUGGUCAAUCGGUCAAACUAACAGACAAAUGCAAUCUUCAGCUAGAUAUUUUCUGAAGUACUUCUGACUAAAACUGCUGAUCCUUUUUUAUUAUGUCUAUGAAAUGAAAGAUAUAUAUGGCUUUGCCGUCCUAUAUGGUAUUGAUUACUGGCACCUAUAUCCUAAUGUUUCUAGUAAUUUCUUAGUUAGCUGCGUAGCUCGCAUAUCUUACAUGACCUCAUUUAUUUAUGUACGUUUUCGUAAAUUACCCCCUGAGAAAGCAUUUUGCUGGCUGGUGCUGGACUGAUUUUUUUUUUUUUUUCCCCCCUAAUCCACUG